AUGCCUUCUCUCACUUCACGUCCGAAACAAAGACGAGAGAGGACGACGACGACGAUGAUGAUGAUGAUGAUCAACAACGGCGAUACUACUCGUUCAAAUCCGACCGUCCAAGUACCCCCAUGGACCCACAUAGACGAUCCUACGGUCAACAUGCCCUCACCCUUCUCAUCAAUCACCAGCAAUGAUACUCCCACCACCUUCGACGCCGUGACGGCGGCUCUCCGCCGCUACCUUCCGUCGAACACCGCCGAUUUUCACGGCGAGGACUGUGACAUUCCGGUGGACGCGUUCGCAUGCGAUCACUUCCGUAUGUUCGAGUUCAAGGUGAGGAAGUGUGCUCGAGGUAGGUCCCACGACUGGACGGAGUGUCCGUACGCACAUCCCGGUGAGAAGGCUCGCCGCAGAGACCCCCGGAAGUUUCACUACUCCGGCACCGCCUGCACCGAGUUUCGCAAAGGUCAGUGUGUCAAGGGCGACUCGUGCGAGUUCGCUCACGGCGUAUUUGAGUGCUGGCUCCACCCUGCUCGCUAUCGUACGCAGCCUUGUAAGGACGGUACGCAGUGUCGCCGCCGAGUCUGUUUCUUCGCUCACACUCCUGACCAGCUUCGUGUCUUGCCUACUAGUCCUCGAAUGAGUGAUUCGUUCGAUGGGUCUGCGGGUCGACUCGGUUUCGAUUCGUAUUUGGCUAAUGGGUCUCCGCCGGUGUCGCCGCCGUCUGACUCGCCACCCAUGUCGCCGAACUCGGUGAGUGAACUCGCUGCUUCUAUGAGGAGUCUGCAGAUUGGGAAGGUGAAUAUGAACAUGAGUCAGCCUGCUUUUGGUUUUCAAAUUGGUUCUGGGUUUUGCUCGCCCCGAAGUCCGUCUACUCUCCGACCCGCUUUCCGAAGCCUACCCACCACUCCGACUCAGACAGUGACUCGGUCCGGACUCGGUGUGUUUGAUCUCUGGGAACAGACCUGUGAGGAGGAGCCUGUAAUGGAGAGGGUAGAGUCAGGGAGAGGCGUCCGUGCAAAAAUAUACGCCAAACUCAGCAAGGAAAACUCACUCGGCCGAGGCGACUCGGCUGGUCCGGGUCCGGAUAUCGGGUGGGUUUCUGAACUGAUUAACUGACUCGUGACCUCUAUGGAUCCGGUUUGAUUGAUUGUUUUGCGCAAAUGGGUACGGGCCAUUGCCGUUUCGGAUCUUCUGGCUGACUUUGUGAAUAUUAAGACGUUUAAGCGAAGAUUAAUUGUACAUUAAUCUAUGUAUUGUAAAUACGCUUUCAGAAGCAAGAGAUUAGGGAUUAAUCUCUUUUUUGUGGUGCUUUAAUUUUUGGAAGAAAAAAAAAUGGAAAUUCAAGUAUGUAUAUGAACAUGAAUAUGGAUUUUUGUUGGGGGGUGGGGGGGACUGCAGGAGAAACGGUGUGGUGUUUUGUUGGUUGAAUUAUUAUUUGGGUUCUCAUGAAUCGUAUUUUUCUCGAAUUUUCUUGUCUAAUUUUCUUGAGAAAGUGAUAAAUCUUUGUAAACUGUUAAUCAAUAUAAUAUGUUUCCAUUUAUGUUA